AUGCACCUCAUCCUAACCGGCGCAACCGGCCUCGUCGGUUCCUCCAUCCUCCAAAACAUGCUCACGCACCCCUCUAUAACCAAACUAACCAUCCUCACCCGCAACCCCGUUCCCCUCGCCGAAACACACGCAAAUCACUCGAAAGCAAACAUUAUUAUCCACUCGGAUUUCAACCAUUAUCCCGAGAGUGUGUUGGAACGGUUGAGGGGGGCAGAGGGUUGUGUAUGGGCAUUGGGAAUUAGUAGUUCGGGGCUUGAUUGGGAAAAAUAUACCGAAAUAACACAAUCCUACACCCUCUCCGCGGCCCGCGCAUUCUCUCCACUCAAUGCCCCCAAACCCUUUAAAUUCCUCUACAUAUCCGGUGAAGGAGCCACUACACCCCCAGGGAUGUUAACACCCAUGUUUGGAGUAGUGAAAGGAAAAACGGAGAGCGACUUAUUGGCUCUGGCUGCUAAGGAAAAGAAUUGUGAGAAUUUAAAGGUUUAUAACGUGAGACCGGGUGGGGUUGAUGCUUCGGCACAUGAAGAGAUUCGAGAUUUUGUUCCGCAGAGAAAGGGAAUGUUGAAGUUGGUGGAGAUGGGAUUGUUGCCGGUAGUGAGAACAUUGGGUAGGAAUAUGUGGACUCCGACUAGGGAGAUGAGCAAAGUUGUUACGGAGUUGAUGUUGGGUGAUGGGGGGAAGUUGGAGGGCGAGGGGGUUGUAGAAGGGAGUGGGGGAAGGACUUUAAGUAAUAUUGGGUUGAGGAGAUUGGGUGGAUGGUAG